GACAUACCACAUGGCACCCUCUUUCUACCACUAUCUGCCCGUGGCGAUGGACGAGAGGUGGGAGCCAAAAGGAUGGAGCAUCCGCCGGUGGUGGCUGGUGGCCGCAAUCUUGGUGGUCCUGAUCGGGGUUGUCUUAGUCUGCCUGAUAGUCUACUUCGCCAACGCAGCGCACAGCGAGGCCUGUAAGAACGGGUUGCGGUUGCAGGAUGAGUGCCGAAACACCACGCACCUGUUGAAGCACCAGCUCACCCGCGCCCAGGACAGCCUGCUGCAGACGGAGAUGCAGGCAAACUCCUGCAACCAGACCGUGAUGGACCUUCGGGAUUCCCUGAAGAAGAAGGUGUCUCAAACCCAGGAGCAGCAGGCCCGCAUCAAGGAACUUGAGAAUAAGAUCGAGAGGCUGAACCAGGAGCUGGAGAAUCUGAGGACCCAAAAGGAAAUUUCUACCACAGUGCAGGUGAACUCAGGCGGCUCCGUGGUGGUCUCCAGCCUACUGGUGCUUGUGGCGGUACUGUUCCUGCACUUUUGAGGACCCAAUAGUUGGCAGGUCACAGCCUGUGUGAGGUCAUUGUGGGUCGUAGUGGCUCUGGAGGGGUCCUGGCAACCCUAAGGAUGUGAAGACCAUUAGGUGGAGCCCAGAUUGCAUCUCCUGCUUUGAACUGGGGAGGGGGGAGGGAGUUCUGCUUUACUGCUUUCAUGGUUAUCGGGGAGGGGCCGCUUAUUUCCGAUGUCUUUGGGGGGCGGGGAGCGGGGGGGCGGAGCCGGGAGUGGGGGCGGGAAAUAAAGUAAUUCGGAAAGAAAGUUUGCUUCUAAGUUGCUAGUGUCAUUAGAUCCCUGGCUUCCUGCCCUGCUUCCCCACUGUCAGGGGCCACCCUAGGAGUUGAGGUGGACACACUGUUGCUCAUCACACCUGUCCACCCAUCCUGUCUGCUGGAAUCAUCAUCAAGGUCUGCAGCAGAGGGCAAAAGGCAGCCGGUGGUGACUGGCUCUUGGUUCUGACUAGUGUACUAAGGAGAAAGCCGUCUGAGACCAGAAUGCCGGUGCUGCCCCUCUGCCUCCGGCAGCCAGUCUGGGCUGGGGUUCCUAUUAGGGUUCUCCAGAGGAAAAGGAGGGCAGGAAAGAGGGAGGAAGGGAGAGAGGGAGAGAGGAAGGAAGGAGGGAGGAAGAGAAGAGGCUCACAGGCCUGGUCUGUUGAAGCCUGCUUGCUAGCUUAAAAUCACCCAUAGCUUGGCUGUGACCCUUGUUUCAUGCCUGCCACCCAUUCGUAUUGCUAAACAAAGACAAACAAAGCCUAGCUUGACUUGAGACAUAGAAAAACAGUUUGGCUCACAGCAAGGUCAAGUUGAGCAUAUAUUCUUGUUCUUGGACAUUUCCCAACCAUGGCCUUCACUCAGGACAGCUUGAGCUGUUCUGUCUAAACAACUCAAAAACCCUUGGUGCAGCCCUCCCCACGCAUGCUUAUGAGCCCACUAUGGUUUUUUCUUUAUAUAAACUGAUCCCCAAAACACUAUUGGUUGCAGCUUUCUGCUUACAAAUUUGAGCUAUGGCCCUGAUCUGUCAGUCUUGAUUCAAUAAAUCAGCCCCAUUCAACUGGG